CACUGUGGCUGAUAGUGAGAGAGGCAAGAGGCAGCAAAAGAGGCGCAUGGGGAUUGGGGAAAGGUAUGGAAAGAUGAGCGCAGCAGAGCAGCCAAUAAAUGGCCAAUCGAGGCGGCCGCGGCCGCAGCAGCAGCACCAACAAAGCCGUCUCCUUGGUGGCGUCGAAAGUGUAGUUCUGCUGCAGAAGCGAGAGUGAUCGAUCAUUAUAGCGUCUAAAGUGUGUUGGCGUUUUGCUCCGGCGACGGUGAAGAUUAGGCAGAAAGUCUGGCCGGUAAUUGAUGCGUUGGCGAGCAGUGAAGUAGAAGGAGAACAGGAAAGAGUGGUUCUUGCAGCAGCAACAGUGAUCAUUAUCGCGUCUUUUCUCUGGAAAGUUUGCACCUGUGUUGGCGCUUAGCUCCGGCGACGGUGGCGAUUAGAGAAGAAAAGCCGGCCGGGAAUUGAUGCGUUAGCUAGAAGGCUGAUCGGAGUGGGAGAAGAAGAGGAAGAGAUCAUGGAGGCUGGAUUUCCUUUCGGAAGCGGCGGGGAGCAACAGCAGCCCCCGCUGAAGGAGGCUUUCUUCCUCUAUGGCGGCGGUGGUCCUAGCCGGAGCGACGACAUGGAUGGCUGUGUUUACACUCGCGGUUUCGAGCUUACGUGGCAGCAGCAGCAGCGACGGAGGUACUCCGGCUUCCCCCACGAGCUGCCGCUGGCGGGCUCGGCCGCCAUCGGCGGCUGCGGGGGGCAGAGCUGUCAGGAUUGCGGCAACCAGGCGAAGAAGGAAUGCGCCCACCUCCGUUGCCGCAUCUGCUGCAUGAACCGCAGCUUCAAGUGCUCCACUCACAUCAAGAGCACGUGGGUCCCCGCCGCCAGGCGCCGCGAGCGCCAGCAGCAUCAAGCCGCCGGCAGCAAGAACUCCAAGCGAAUCCGCGAAAUCGUCCCCUCCACCACCGCCGCCGCCACAACCGCCGUCACCACCACAUUUGGAGCAACCCUCGACUCUGGGAUCUUCCCGCCGGAGUUGAACACCGAGGCCAUGUUCCGCUCCGUCCGAGUCAGCGCCGUCGACGACGCCGACGAAGAGUACGCAUACCAAACCACCGUCCGCAUCGCCGGCCACCUCUUCAAAGGCAUCCUCUACGACCACGGCGCCGCCAGCAACCUCCCCUCUUCCCAACUCGCCCGCGAGGCAUCCACUUCCUCUGCCACCCCCGCCGCCACCUCCACACCGGAGCUCCUCGACGGAUACUCGACUCCCCUCACCGCCAUCGUCGCCGACGCUUCGUUGCCGUUCUUCCCCCAACAACAAAGGCCUUCCUGAUCAAUCAAUCAAAACACUACUAGCAAGAACACUUCCAUGCAUUGAGAUAGGCGAUCGACCACUACUUCGUACAAGUACUUUUAACAAAUUAUCUGUCUCUCUC